AUCAACCCAACGUCAUUUGCUCCUCUUUCCUCCUCUCUUUUUCAAACACCUACGCCCACUUCCUUUCUGUUUCGAUCCUUGUUCCGUGUCUCCUUCCUUGAUCUCGUCGAAAUGUCUGAUCCCGCGGCCAUGGAGCAUCUGGACGACCUCGUCCAACAGGACGAUCUAGGCGGCACUCCCCAGCCUGGUGAUUCAGAUGAUCUCUACUCCAGCGAUGAUGACAACGACAGCAACUGUGAAGAGCAGCAGAUGCCCGAGAUGGUCUCCGAUGGCCGCCGCAUGCGCAUGGUCUGGAGAUCUGGCGACGGCAACGGCGACUCCACCCCCCACUUGAUCGAGCGUUCCAUGACCCUCGUCCGCGGCCAUCCCACCUGGAAGAUUUUCAUCAACGAGAUCGAACUGCCCAUCGUCCGUGGUAGCGAGAACGAGCCACCGCGCUAUGUCUAUCUCGACGACCGGGCCUGCUACGCUAUCUACUCGUCGCAGGCGUAUACGAGGGAGGAGAUGCGAGAGUUUUGGCCAUGGGAUUUCAACCACCAGGGCCACAUCAAGCAGGGUCGACUCAAUCGCGGACAUCCUGCUUACUUGGAUGAUUCCAACAAGGAGUAUGCGUUGGGGAAGCUGCGAGCAAAGGGUCAAUGGUACACGUUUUCUGGUGCUCCCGAAGUGACAGAGUACAAGCCUCUGCGACCCAAGAAGCCCACAAAGAUCGAAGAGGAGGUCGCCAAGGAGCUCACAGAAGGCGUAAAGCAAGUCCAAGCACCGAGUUCCACCUCCAAAAAUGCCCCGGGUAGAAAGGGUUCAGCGCCCCGCACACCUACAUCAAGAGCGCUGCCAUCAGCUGCAUUGCCUCAUGCAAGCCCACCCCAAGAGACUCCGAGUUCGGAUUUCGGUCUUCGACCACGACGUCUUCUUCCGCGACAGCCCCCUCCGCAGCCUGUGCCACCGAACACUCGCGAUGCUCCUCCGUUUCUCACGAGCCGAUCCAGGACUAGACCUGGGAGUCUCGCGCACCUGAACCCCAAGGCCAUAACCGUACAUGGUCUCCGCAGCGAGAGCCCUGUUGGCGAGACGAAUGUUACAUCUCCUCCGAAUUCGCGCUCGGAAAGCGGUACGCCUGUUAAACGUCGCCUUGCGCAUCCUCUCAACGACGAUUUGGGUGAUGGCAGUGAAGUCGAUUCAUCGCCAAGGAAGCGUACACAGCUGUCGAUGGGUCGGAAACGUCAGGUGGCCGGCUUGGCUGAGACUGCGGGAACGGAAUAGAGGCAUCCGCGACAUGGAGACUCUGUUACUUCAUUGGAAUGAAUGGUCUUGGAUCAUGCGUGUGCGCACCGGUCAGCAAUUGCGAAGCGAAU